AUGUCUUCAAUACCAGUAAGUGUACAUGUGGUGAUAAACAGUCUAACUGUACAUUCCCUACUCAAGAAAGCUUCAAUAAAUGUUUCGGAUGCAGCAAAAUUGGCCACUUCAACCGUACAAAAGCUGUCACCUUUAAAGGACAGUUAA